CAUGAGAGAUCCUGACUCUGNNGAAACCACCAAGGCGCACAACAAGCAGCAGACCUCUGCUCAACCACACAGAUUUGGCAUUCUGAACUACGAAAACAGUGAUGAUGUCAAGAGAUUGGCUGUAAAGUGGAAGGUCGAGCUGGCUUCCGCAUCAUCCAGCAUGCUCUCGACUUUCAUCGCAUUCCCCCUCGACUUCGCCAAAGUCCGCAUGCAAUCAUUCCUUCCAACUGUCAAGGAUGCCUACCAAGUUGAAGGUUUGCGCGGUUUCUGGAGAGCAUUGGUUGCAUGUUUGCUGAUCUCAAUCUUCANNGGUGUUGGCGCCCCGAUGGCUAGUGUGACUCUGGUCCGCACAAUCUCCUUCAGUCUCUAUGCACGCUCUAAGCAGGUGGUCAAUCACUACAUGACCCAGCUGACCGGAGAGUCGCCUCUCGAACUGGCCAACAAGAAGGGACAAUCCCCUACCUUGUCAACCAUCGCCUGCUUCAGUAGUGCUGGAGCUAUCGCUGGUGCGGUCAUCACCUGUGUCUCUUGUAUGUCUAUCUCGUUCAUCAAGCUUAACGCGCAGCUGGCUGGAAAGAUGAAGAGAGACGCCAACCCUUCAGACCGCCCUCAGCCUAUCAGCGACCUUCGCACUGGUGCUUUCAAGACCGCCCAGCAGCUUGUUCGUGACCGUGGUAUCCGUGGUCUCUACUGUGGUUACCGCCUCCAUCUUGUUCGCGACACUCUUGGUACUGCUAUCUACUUCGGUACCUAUGAGACUGUCAAGCAGACGCUCUCCAACGCUCGUGGAAACGGAUCCGCAGAACCCGCUGCAGUCGCUCUUGCUGGAGCUACUUGUGGCAUCGUCAGUUGGGUCAUGAUCUACCCAAUCGAUGUGGUUAAGACUCAAUACCAGAAGGCCCAGCUUGAGAUGGGCUCUUCCAAAGUCUCCCGUCCCGAGAUCAAAUUUUUCCAACCUGGCUCGUACAGAGGUCUUGGUGUCAGCGUCGGCCGCUCUGCUCUAAUUAAUAUGAUCUUCUUCUCUUCCCNNUUUGAGCAGAUUAAGAAGCGUAUUAACACUGCGGGAGAGAUC